UUAACAAAAUUACAGUGAUUUUUCUCAAAUUGUUUUUUAUCUCAAACCAGAUCAGCGUUUACUUCCGAAACAAAUCUGACACGACUGCAUUAUGGGAUAUGUAGUCUCAGGUCGCCGGGUAUAGAGUCUAUACACCUGUGUUGCGCGCCGUCAGACUAGUUCAGCAACUUCUAAUUUAUACAAACUUAUAUUUAACACAUACGGUCCUAAAUAUAUAUAUAUAUCAAAAACAGCAUUUCUCAGACGGCUCUGAUGUCAGGAGCCUGCCGCGCAUGCGCCUUAAGGGAUGAUAGUAUGUAGUAGUGGUCUUCAACCAGAUGACUAAAGCCCUUGUCCCCUGGCUGGUGCCAUAGAGAUUGCCUUUUUAGGAGACACCUGAUCAGGGCUCAGUGCCGCCAAACAAAGAGGUCGUGCUGAUAACGUCUGGAGUGAGCUUAGAUGGCGAAGCCCCCAUGCACAAAUACACCAUAGAGAAGUAAACAGAGGGCACAGACAGCUGCUACCGAACACUUGAAGAAACUUGACGGAUCAUUCAUGGAGAAGUUUCAGGCUGCGAUGGUUCUUGGAGGAGUCGGAGAUGCUCUGGGAUAUCGUAAAGGUCGAUGGGAAUCGUGCAUCUCGGGAGCCCGAAUUCAGAAGGAACUCUCUGAUCUUGGGGGUCUUGGAGUUUUAAAACUGGAUGAAGAUCAUUGGCCCCUCAGUGAUGGAGCUCUAAUGCACAUGACCACUGCAGAAGCUCUCGUCACCGAUUACUGGUGUCUGGAGGAUCUCUAUAGGGAACUGGUUCGACUCUAUGUGGAGGCCAUGAUCUGUCUACAGGGUCGAGCUCCAGAUCCCAAUACUGUUGAAGGAUGUGUCAACCUCAAACCAAACAACUUUCUGUUGGCCUGGCAUACACCAUUCAAUGAGAAAGGUUCUGGUAAUGGAGCUGCGUCUAAAGCCAUGUGUGUAGGAAUGCGUUACUGGCAGCCCGAGAGAUUAGAUAAUCUGAUCGAAGUGAGCAUUGAAGCGGGCCGAAUGACCCACAAUCACCCUAUAGGGUUCUUGGGUUCUCUGUGUACGGCUCUCUUUGCAUCAUAUGCUGUACAGGGUAAGCCGCUGGUGAAGUGGGCUUGUGAUCUCAUGACCGUGAUACCCAAAGCAGAAGAAUACUGCAGGAAAACCAUCCGUCAUAUGGCAGAAUAUCAAGAGACGUGGUUUUACUUUGAGGCUAAGUGGCAGUUUUAUCUUGAAGAGCGAGGUCUGGAAGACUCUCAAAGUAAACCUGUGUUUCCUGAACACUAUGAUGCUGAAGAGACAGAUAAGAUGUAUAAGCGGUGGAGUUCAGAAGGUUGUCCAGGACGCAGAGGUCACGAUGCACCCAUGAUCGCGUACGAUGCUCUACUGGCUUCAGGAUCAAACUGGGAAGAGUUAUGUAAACGGGCCAUGUUACACGGAGGUGAGAGCAGUACGACGGGUCUGAUCGCUGGCUGUCUGUAUGGUCUGCUUUAUGGACUCAGUCAGGUUCCUGCAGGACUGUAUCAGACUCUGGACAGAAGAGAUAAACUAGAAGAUCUGGGUGCUAAAUUAUACCGAGCCUCAUCUACAGAGAAAGUACAGAGAGAUGAACAUCAGAAGUCUGUUGUCAAUGGCACGCUGGACUACAAAUCAUUGAAACAACUGAUCCUGAAUCAUUCAACAAAUCCAGUGAUCCGAGACAUCCUGGAGAGUCUCCUGCUUUACCAAACUCAGGAACGUCUAAAUCGUCAAUCAUCAGUGUCCCGGGAGACUUUAGGAACCAGACCUUCUCGUCUUUCCACCUUUAACCUUCUGAGAUCAAAGUUUCUGAAGAACAUCCCAAAGGCCGCAAUCACUCACAGACGUCAGGUGGGUGCUCUGAACAUCACAGGACACCGCAUAAAAGACACAAAGAUACAGAGCAUCCAUUUACAGCCCACUGGGAAAAGAAAAGGUCUCAGGGUUCGGGAGAUGGUGGACAAAUUCACUGCAGUAGAGAAGAAGAAAAUUCAAAAUGCCCUGAGGUCUAGAGUACAGAAGCAGCACACGUGCGAUGGGCCUGUGAUCUCCAAUAUCAUGAAGAAGUUUGAGAGUCUAGUGAAGGUACAAAGCAAAAAUGAGUUGAAAUAUAAGAAAGAAAACAGUAAAGUUGUGCUCAAAUCCUUUCAUGCACACAAACUCUUAGAAAACAAAAAUGUUCCUGUGAAAGACCGUCGGUCAAAACAAGAACAAAUUGAUUUUAUUUUUCAAGUUUAUGAUGGUAAAGAAUCACGGGCUGCUCAGAGAACAGUUGGGAAUGUAGAGAGACAACCUAAUUCAGAUGAGCAAGAACAUGAGGGAAAUGUUCAGAGUCAGGAGAUGAAGGAUCAUCCUUGUAUUGAUAAUGUUACUAUGAGAAAAGGUCAAGUGGAGGAUCUGUCUUUAUGUGUUGUGGAGAAAUGGUCAGAAGAUGAGAGUCAGAAUGAAGCUUUAAUGAUAGAAGAUCCUCACGUGGCCACGGUCGUCUCUCUUCCUGAGGUUUGGACUUUAGCAGAUUCACUCAUCCAGACGGAAGAGUCUCAGCAAAACAAACGCUUGACAUCUUCUCAAUGCAUGAAUCCAAACAAAACCCAACUCCUGAAGAACUCUACAAUAAAUCAAUCCAAUGCUUUAACCAGAGAGCAAAUACAAGCAGCAAAUCCAGCGAUCUAUCCAUCAGAGGUUCUUCAUUCACAGAAACAUCUUCUGCAAUCUUCAGAGAGUUUGAGAAGUGAGCGCUCUCCUCACAUCACAUCACAGACAACACUGUCUGAAGACAAACUAUCAGCUGAUCUUCAUGAAGAAGUUCUCACACCUCAUCUGAAGCAUCCGAUGACCUGCAAACUACUAUCAGAGCACCACCCAAAUCUUACUGUAAAUGGAGAAACACCACAAGAAGAGCCAAAGUCUCUCAUUUACAACCAAAGUCUCAAUUCCACCGUGACUAAUCUGAAGAGACCAAAUGAUGAUGAUGAUCUGCUGCUCGGCUCACUUCCACAGAGAUACUGUGAUCCUGCUCAGGAGGAAGAUUUGUUUCUGAAGAACCCAGACAAAAGCUGUGAUCCUAACAUUAUUCAGGAUCUCACAGAGAGUAAGAGAGACAUUUCUGUCAGUGAUAUUUCUGCUGAGCUAAAGGUUUCAGAUGAGGGAUCAUGCGGUCUGAGAAAACUAGAUUAUCAAACGUCUCCAUCAAAGAAAGAAGACAAGACAGACGAUUCUUCAAGAAGAGAACGACCAAAGUAUAAAACCAUCAAUUACUGCCAUCCUUCUGUAAAAGUCACUUACAUACCCAAAACUAUUAGAUUCACUGACACAUUCAACUUCUGAACUUCAAAUGAUGAACCCAGGUACAAAGUGGAGUUUUUAAAAUGAAAACCACUCAAAUCUUUCAUGUCAUUUGAUGAAGUAGCUGAUGAACAGGUGUUUCCUUUUCUUAGCUGUUACUAUAUUGACCAAGCAGCAUCCAGAACCAUUAAUAUCUUAUUUAUAAUUGUUUAUAUUUUUGUCAUAAUGAUAUAGAUGAUUUAAUAUUGCAGGAAGAAAAAAAACAAAAAAAAAACUAAAGAUGCUAAAGUACUGAAUGCAUCACAGGUUGAUAUUCAUUGAAUCCCGUGUCAUAUAAAGCAGUAUUUGUAUGUAAAAGUUGAUUAUGUUUAAUCUUUUAUCAACUCAUUAAACUAGAUCAAACUAAAGUAAACUAGUCAAAGGACAUUAAAGCUGUAGAGAUAUUUCACCUUCUUUUUGGGUUUGUUUUUAAUGUUCAACACAAAUACAGUACAUACUCAUCAGUUUAACCUCCUCAUGGAAAUUUGGUCUCUGCUCUGAAAAUAAUGAUGACAAGUCGUCAUGGUGACAGUAUGGAUGGGCGUGUCUGUGGCUAAACCCCGCCCACUGAACUGAAGCAGAGACGGUUGUUUUAAUAAUAAUCCGGUUUCUGAGGACAAUGUCCAGUUUAUAAAUCAUUCACUGUCAGGGCCACAAAUGAUCUGAACCACACACAAAACUACUACAGCAUUACAGUGCUGUAAAAACACAUAUAUAUAUACUGGACAAACGUUAUAUAUUAUAUGCAUUUACAUGAUACUCCUCGAAGAACACCAUGGUGCUGCCAUAAAAUAAACAUAAGUCUGGUAUUUUUGCUAGUAAACUUGAACUGCUGUGUUAUUAAAGUCAAGUCCAGAC